CCGGCGUGUCUGUUCGUCUUGCCAUGAAAAUUUUUCAUCAUAUUCAUUUUUGACUUAUUUUAUCAAAUAAGAAGUUAGCAUGGUGUUAUAUGGACUAAUACUGCGUAUGCUACAUUUCUUAGGAUUAUUGCGAACAUGCAUGCACAAAUUGAACAAAGUUUUGCUGUCUCCUGGCCUGAUAAAGAACACAAAAACAACAAGUCAAAAAUUCAAGGAGGACGUUUCAGGGCUCAAAAAGAGACCGUUGCAUUUAGGACUGCUUAUUUAUGAGCAUGAAGUAUCAUUCAGUGAUGUAGCUAAUAUAAUUGUAUGGGCGAUGGCAAUGGGUGUGAACCAUAUAACAGUCUGUGAUAGGCAUGGGAACUUUAAACGAAAUGAAGAAAAUUUAAGGAAAGAAAUCAAGAGAAGCAACAAAGAACAUCUAGGAUAUGAUUACAAAAACUACAAUGCUCACAUACAUUCACACAAUACCAAGCCUCAAGACAUAGGAUAUCAACCAAACUCUACCCAUAUACAGCUUCAUUCCAUAUAUGAUGGACGAAAUAAAAUAGUCACAACAGCCAGAAAACUAUGUCAGGGAGUUGCGACUAAAACAUACAAAAAAGAAGAUAUAGUCCCUCAUAAUAUAGAUGCAAUUUUACAAGAUGAGUCUGGCUUUCCAGACCCUGAUUUAGUGCUAAGAUUUGGAGAAACAGAGUCGAUGUUAGGUUUUAUGCCUUGGCAGUUACGUCUUACUGAAAUAUUGUCCAUUUCAAGUCACCACAAGUUUUCCUACACUAGUUUUCUACUAGCUCUGCAAUCUUACGGCAAUAUAGAACAACGAUUCGGCAAAUAGAAUAAUUUAGAAUGAAUGUUAUAAAAAGGAGAAUUCAUCACCAUUAUCAUAGAACAUAGUACAAUGUACAUGCACACUGAAUCACCUUUGUAUGGAU